UCGACUUGGAGAUCCAUGUCUGUUUUGUUUGCAACAAUCUGCCGCGUAUUCUUGCGGUACCGGUAUUCUGCUAUUAUUACCCAAAAUAUUGCAUCUCAGUUAACUCACUAUAUUAAUCUGACCCCCAAAUCUGUAAAAUAUAACAUUAAUAAUUUAAAAUACAUACACAGCAGUUUACAGGUGAAGUUGUUUUCUAACAUGCCACCCAAAGGAAGCAAGAAAACCAAAGCAGCGGAGACUAAAGACAGCAAAACAAAAGAUAAAAGUGUUGAGAAAGAUGUAGAGACAAAGAAGGAAGAGGAAACUAAAGAAAAAACCAGCAAGAAUAAAACUAAAGAUGAAAAGGAGAAAGGUGAUGAAAAUGAAGAGAUUGAGUCUGACGAUAAAGAAGAGAAAACUGAAGAGAAAAAGACUUCGAGAGGCUGGGGUUGGGGCCACAAAAGAAAGGCGGAUGAUGAUGGCGAAGCAUCCAAAUCCAAAGCGAAAAAGAAAAGAGAUUCCAUCGUUGAAUCCCUCAAAGACAUCGAUUCAUCAGUCAAAGCUAAAACGUCAGAUGGUAAAGUAGCCAACUUUAAGAUAGCAUCUUGGAAUGUAAAUGGACUACGAGCUUGGCUCGAGAAAGACGGUCUAGAGUAUGUAAAGGCAGAAAAUCCAGAUGUGUUCUGUGUCCAGGAAACAAAGUGUGAUAUCAGUAAGAUACCUGAUGAUGCUAAGCUGGAAGGAUACUCCAACCACUGGCUGUCUGGUGAUACUGAAGGAUACUCUGGUGUGGGCAUUUACUACAGAACUAAACCCAUUAAAGUAACCGAAGGAAUAGGAGACAAAGAACAUGAUAAAGAAGGUCGUGUGAUAACAGCUGAAUUUGACAAGUUUUAUUUGGUCAACACAUAUAUCCCAAAUUCAGGACGUGGAUUACCUCGGCUGGAUUACAGAACUCAGGAAUGGGACCAAGCUUUCCGUAACUACUUGAAAUCUCUGGAUAAAAAGAAGCCAGUGGUUUGGUGUGGGGAUUUGAAUGUUGCCCACAAGGAAAUAGAUUUAAAAAAUCCGAAGGGAAAUUUAAGGACUGCAGGCUUCACCGAAGAGGAAAGGGAUAGUUUUAGCGACACACUGAAGGAAGGUUUCUUUGAUUCCUUCCGUUUCUUGCACCCUAAAGAAGAGCACGCCUACACAUUCUGGACCUAUAUGAUGAAUGCCCGUGCUAAGAAUGCUGGAUGGAGGUUGGACUACUUUGUGCUCUCUGAAAGGUUGAAGCCCAAUCUUUGUGACAGUUCUAUCCGUAGUAAAGUCAUGGGAAGUGAUCACUGUCCCAUUGUGCUGCAACUAGCCCUGUGAACUUUGUUGAGGUGAAUCGUCUCCUGUUGUCCCACAUAAUGUAUGGUCACAUUCAUUUUAGUGAUUGGAUUGAGUACAGUAUGUAUGGCUUGACAUCUCUUGUUUACAUGACAUUGCACACACAUUAUAUGUAUACAUCAUACAAUACUAGUCGCGUAGAACCAUUUAUAUGCUUUUGUUUUUGUACUGGUAUUUAUAUAGUGUACAUAGCCAACACAUUUCUAACAAGAGAGACAACUAUGGUCUAAGGCCAAUACAUAUAUAUAUAUAUAUGUAGCUAUCAUUUUAUUACAGAAACUUUUCUAGUAGAAGGUCUUGCUACAAAAAACAUUUCUUGCAAAAGAGCUGGUAAUGGAUAUAAUUACACUGUUAACUGGAUACAGCUUUGUUAAGUGUUUUGUUAGCACUUACACAAGUCUGUCAGUGGGUGUUUCUGAGGAAGCUUUAUUGAUCUCUACUGACUUGUCAUUUCUUGGUUUUUCUUGUUGUUUUUUCAGCAGCAAGCUUUAGUGCAAUCUGUGCUCCUUGUCUGAUCCACAUUAUCUCAAGUUAACUGGGGCCUUAAACCAUGCAUUGUUAAAAGUGUUGUUUUUUUUUGUUAUUACAUUCUAAUUUUUAACACUUCAUUUCAUUGUAUACUGCAACUAUAAUAUUUUGUACCUUACCAUAAUAAGGUAAAGUUACUUUAAAUAUCAAUCCCACAAUUCUGCAUUUAUAGUAUCUAGUAUAAUAAUAAGAAUGUAAAUAUGUAGCUUAGUCUUCCAUUGUUUCAACUGUUCUUCCAUGUUGAGAGUUAACAUAGAAGUGCCGAGUGCCAUUCUUGUUAAUAUAUACCAUUACUUCAUUAGAUCAGUGUUUCCCAAACAUUUUCCUUAACGGAACACUUCACACACUAUGUGGUGGCUUUCUGGAGUUAAUUAUUCCAGUUCUUCGUGGAACACCUAUUCAGGGUCUCGUGGAACACAGUUCGGUAAACACUGCAGUAGAUUAUAUAUAUGUGAUUAGAAUGUUUAAACACAAUUUUUUUUAUUGGCUUCAAUGGAGUUUAGCUUCUGCUAAAUGCUUAGUCAAAACAACAAAAAAUAAAUAAACCCAGAAUCAUUUGGUUUUGGUACAUGCUUUCUUUUCCCCUUUGUUUAAAGUAGACUUGCAUUUUAGUCCAUAGGAUGCUUUGAGUCCACAUAAAAACAUUUUUGGGGGGCAUAUUUUAUAAAAUAAAGAUCUUCAUAUUUAUUUUAUGCUUGCAAUUUUUUGAAGCUAUUUCUGGAGUGUAUCUCUAUAUCUCAAUAAAACUGGACAUUUUGUUUUAAAAAUCAA